UUCUUGCCAAGGACGUGUUGAACCUGCCUCCUCUCUCUCCCCCAAGUCUUGUGAACCGGACUCAAACAGCCAUGGGAGGAGGGAACGCCCAGAAGUCGGCCACCGCCCGCGCGCGGAACGAGGCGAAGAAGGCCAAGGCCGGAAAGGGGUCUCAGCUUGCAGUCAACAAGGCCGCACAGAGCAUCGUCUGCCAGGUCUGCCGCCAGUCGUUCAUGUCCGUGUCCAACGACGCCAUGCUCACAGACCACGUGACGGCCAAGCAUAACAAGAAGAAGACCCCGGCAGAGUGCUUUCCGGGUCGGCUGAGCUGAUCUAUCAUUCGUCGUGUUCUUUUUUCCUCGCGUAACAUCCCCCGCCGGACGAGAACGCACGGGACAAGAAGGACCACCUUUCUUCCAGGAUGGGGGGAAGGAGUUCACCAUCCCGCACAAGGACAUGCGGGGAAACGAUGGUUUGAGUUCACCAUUCCGCACGAGGGCAUGGCUGGAGUUCACCACUCCGCACAAAGGGCUUUGUGGCUUUUUUGGUGACUUUGGUGUUAAUUUCGGGGAGAAGUCUUUGCGGGGAUGAAAAAAAUGCUUGAUAUGUUUUCCGGCGGCAUCCUUUUUUUUUGUGUGUGUUUUGUAGAGGUCAGGCCCGUGGAGCAGACACAAGGGCGGCUGAGCCUGACUUCGGAGCGCAGCGGUUGUGUGGGCAGGUGUUUUUGUUGGGUGAGUGAGAGGUUCGGACGGAUUUCUCGAUUGUAGGAGAAAGGAAAGCUCCCUUUUGGAGGAAGAUUAGUUGGGGGGUUGCGCCUGGUGGUGACAAGUGCUUGCGGUGGAGUAAGCAUGUGCAAGAUUGGAUUGAGGAAACGGCCCUGAGAAAACGUGGAGAGUGUCCGGAUUGGUUGCUUCCAUUUCCGGGGUACAUUCUUUCAUUACCGCGUGCUGGAGGAGUUGAAGUUCGUGCCGCACUGGCCGUGGCCGCUUUGUCCUUGGCGGGAAAGGCCAACACCCAUCGCAAGCAUCGCUGCGAUGCCACCCUCACCCCCAUUCCCCGGGGCGAGUGCGUAAAUUGUAAGGCUUCCUCAAUAGAUGCUACCUUGAAAGCUUUCGAUAGGUGACGAGUUCGAGAGAUAGGCCCAGCGCGAUGCUGUGUCUGCAGGACCUGCCUAAAACACUUUUUUCUUUGGGGUCGGGCACGUUCCGCCGGCAUCGCCGUCUGGUCUCCUGUGUUGGCCCGUGUAGCGCUAGCGUGGGGACUCCUUUGACGGCUUCUUGUGAAUAUUUUAUUGCAGAAACAUAACGGCAGCAUCUGGGCCAGGUUAGAGCCCAAAACUGGCCACUGGAGAGCAAGUUUGAAGGGCCGUUCCACCGCAAAAUGCGAACACAGGGAUGUUUCCUUGCAAGUAGAAGGUGAAAUCAAACGAAGUUCUGUGCUAGCCGAAUCGGUUUCUGUUGUUGGGUAUAAUGGUGGGAGCGCCACUCUCUUGAUUUUACCCAAACCGGUCGAUCAUGUUCGACGACCGCAGGCUGUUGAUUUUUUCCCAAGCCUAUGCUGCGCGAACGGCAGAAAUGACUGCGCGUGUUGUUUGUGUUUGUUGUGUUGGGAGUUCUCAGCCAGCAAAUUUCCAAGCUCGAUAGAGCUUGCGCCGCUGCUGUCGGCCGUUAGUUUUUUUUUUCUGUCUGUGUCAUUUUUGUUCGCCCAGCAUCCCCUCGACCGAUCGGGUAUCAAAAGCCGACCUCAGCCCACACUGCCAACCUCGGAGAACUACCAGCAGCUCUGUGCAGCUGAGACGAUUUCAA